AUGCUCUACCGGGUUCGUGAGGGCAUUCCUCCCAGAGUCCCAGGCCAGAAUGUGGUCUACAUUGUGGGCGAAAUCAGUGUUCACAAGGUGGCCGUCGUUGGAUACUACCAGGAACAGGGCCUUACGGUUUCUGGAAGCAUGGUAGCAGAAGUAAAGCGCGAUCUGCCGAGCCUGCAAUUCGGGCUUCUGGUUGGCAUCGCUGGCGGUCUCCCAUCCCCAGCGAGGGAUAUACAGCUUGGGGAGGUGGCCGUAGCAGUCCCGGAAGGAGACCGUCCGGGUAGCGCAACGCAUCAUCUACUGCAGUCUAUCAAUAUCAUUCGAGCGCACAAUGAGUCGGGGUUCUGGCGGCACUUGCGUAUCGACGAUCGCGAAUUCCAGAAGCCAGACGGUCAGCCUGCCCAUGCCAAUGUCCACUACGGCACCGUUCUCUCCGGAAACACCGUUAUCAAGUCCAAGGCAAGGAGAGACUAUCUAAAGAACCGAUAUGGCGGCAUCACAGUCAAGAUGAUGACCCGUCUGCCAGUGGCGGUGAUCGGGGCAUCGGCGAUAGAAAUGUAG